UUUCGAUUCGUUUACCUCUUGCUGAUUUGUUUAUUUCGUUGUUUUUUUCUCUUCUUAAAUUGACUGUGAUUAAAAUCAAAACAAUGGGGAAGCCACAGCGACGAAGAAAAGUGCAUUUUGGUGACACACAUUUACAGCGCAGAUGGAGAACGAGAAGUCGUAAGCGAGACUUGGACCAGAUUGAUGAAGAUUUAAAGACAAAAUCCGCCGAACUCUUGAACCAGAGUAUCGAUUUGGAUACACCUGGUUUCGCUCAGUUUUACUGUCUUCAUUGUGCCAAGUACUUCACCGAUGACCAUUCGAUGCAAGCACAUUUCAGAACAAAGGUGCACAAGCGCCGCAUGAAGGCAUUAGAAUUGGAGCCAUACUCAAUCGAAGAGUCAGAACGAGCUGCUGGCCAAGGGAAUUUCAAAAAAGCAGAAAAGCGCAACAUCGAAACUCAACCGUCAAAAGAAGAAUUUGCAAAGGGAAAACGCGUUGUCGUGCAAAAAGUCAGUGAAAUCGACACCGAAAUGAAAGAAGAGGACAAAUAAAAAUUUCGGCUCUUUAGCUAAUUUAAGAAAUUUUACAUGAUUUAUUCACAAAA